AUGGGACGACAAGCCGAUGUAGCGCCUGCUGCUCUUGAAAAACUUCGGCGAGAGCUGCGCCUCCACAGGGACGUUUUAAUUGGCAAUUAUAUCGACAGUUAUCGCAAUAACACAUUAAAGUUCUUGUCGGCGGUACAGUUCUCGUUCGAUUAUUGCCGCGAGCAACGUACUGUUCCGUAUGCGCUUUUUGUGGACGAUGAUUAUCUGGUUUUAAUGCAAAAUCUGGUGGCUGAAGUGAAAAAACACGACGUCUCGUUGUUGGCAUAUCCAUUUGACCGAUAUCCACCAUAUAUCUCGGCUGGCGCUGUUCUUCUGUCUUCACAAGCCAUACGUGAAAUGUACUAUGCAAUUCAGCAUACCAGACUUUAUGCGCACGAUGAUGUGUAUGCCGGUAUAUUGGCCAAGUCGCUUGAUCUGCCCGUCACACAUAACAAAAAUAUGCGUUUCUGGAAAGCAGCACUUAGUGAGAACGAUGCAUCAUCAGUGAUCUGUGCUCAUGGAUUCGAGGAGGAAGGCCUAAAAAAUAUUUACAAUGAGCUAAGGAGAAAGAUUCCAGGAUUCGCCUAA